CCGUAAGCGCCCAAGUCGAACGCACCCAUUGCUUUCCGCUGAAAACCAGACUCGCGUGUCGACAAAUACACGUGUUCGUGUAAGUCGUGACAUUUUUGAAUUCGAAAGAUGGUUCGAAAAUUGAAACAUCACGAGAAGAAGUUGCUGAAAAAAGUAGACUUUAUUUCUUGGGAGGUAGACAAUAACUUGCACGAGAUUAAAAUUUUGAAAAAAUACCGAAUCCAAAAAAGAGAAGAUUAUACGAAAUACAACAAAUUAUCACGACAAAUUCGAGAACUGGCUAGAAAGAUCAAGGAAGUAGAUGCUGAGCAUCCAUUCAGAAUAGAGCAAAGUGCCAUGUUGCUGGAGAAAUUGUAUAUGAUGGGUCUCAUUUCCACUAAGUGGGAUUUAUCUCUGUGCGAGAAAGUUACAGCCAGCUGUUUUUGUAGAAGAAGAUUACCUGUCGUUAUGGUUCGUAAUAAAAUGAGUGAAACCAUUAAAAUGGCGACAAAGCUAAUCGAACAAGCUCAUGUACGUGUUGGACCUGAAGUCAUUAAGGACCCAGCAUUUCUUGUAACAAGAAACUUGGAAGACUUUGUGACAUGGGUUGAUACUUCAGCAAUAAGGAAACAUGUAUUGGAAUACAAUGAAAUGAAAGAUGACUUUGAGGGUAUAUGAACAUUCUGAUGAAAUGCCGCAGAACAAUCAAUGGCGAUAUAGUUUUCUGAAACCAGUUUCCUGAUCUUUAUUACCGUUGUAAAAAACUGCAGUAUUAUUCAACAGUCGUGGUGGUCUUCCUAGUUUCACGUGGGAUGAAGGCAGUGAACAAUUACGUGAAGAAAUGCUCGGAUUUGUUGUAUCGCGUAUUUCCAUGUAAUCACUUGUUGAGAAUAAAUCUUUUGACGGUAUUGACAAUUUCUCCGGCGAAUAAAAAGUGGUAUUUUCACGAGCACGCUUUGCAUUGUUCACAUCAUGAAUGUUACUUUUUCUCUUCAACUUGUUUGAGAUUACCACAUUACACAUAAGGUGUUGAUCUGGUCUUGAAUGGGAUGAAGAAGGCAUUGGAAAGUUUGCAUAAUAAAAAAAAUUUUGGUCGCUUUUUGUACCACUUGAUUCUGCGAAUUUACUUGUAAAUAAUGUAUUAUUUGACACUGAUGAUUCUUCAGGUGAAUAAAAAAUGUCGUUUUUAA